AUGGCAGUUGCUCCUUUUCGUCUCUGCUAUUUCUUCUCAAACCCCACAACAACAAAACUCAACUUCUCUGUUUUCAAACCCAAUGUGUCACUCACAUCAUUCGCUCCCUCUUCUUCUUCUUCUCUUUCUCAAAAACACUAUCUUCCUCUCCCGUCCUGCAAGUGUUCCUCCACCGCCCCCGUGUCGACCACCACUUACGAGUUUUCAGAUGGUUCUUCAGAGAUGGAGUUAAGAUUAAACUUAGGAGGUUUGGAUAUCCGAAGCAACAGAGACAUAUCGGUUGAUACAAACGAUACAUCUUUAGUAAUCAGAGUCUUGCGGCCAGGAGCUCCCAUCACACUCAUAGAAACCAACCCUCUUUUUGAUAGGAUUAAAUCCUCUGAAACAAUAUGGUAUAUAGAUGAUGAUCAACUUGUUGUGAACUUCAAGAAACAGGACCCGGAUUUGAAAUGGCCUGACAUCAUGGAGUCCUGGGAAUCACUUGCUGCAGGAUCUUCACAACUUUUGCAAGGGACAUCAAUAUAUCUUGUCGGUGAUUCGACAGAUAUCAACCAAAAAGUGGCUCAAGAGCUGGCAACUGGUCUAGGGUACACACCACUUAGCACAAAAGAGUUACUGGAAACAUAUACCAAGCAGACUGUGGAUUCAUGGCUGCUUGCUGAGGGCUCCCACUCAGUAGCAGAAGCAGAAAGUGCUGUACUUGAAAGCAUAAGUAGUCAUGCUAGGGCAGUGGUUGCAACAUUAGGAGGGAAACAUGGUGCUGCCGGAAGAGCUGAUAAAUGGCAACAUCUUUACGCAGGAUUUACUGUGUGGUUGUCACAGACUGAAGCACUAGAUGAGGAUUCUGCAAGGCAGGAGACCCAUAAAAGUGUCAAAGAUGGCAUAAUAUCAUACACAAAUGCAGAUGUAGUUGUUAAGCUACAAGGAUGGGACCCUGCUUAUGCCAAAAGUGUAGCACAAGCUUGUUUAAGUGCCCUAAAACAGUUAAUCCUGUCAGACAAGAAACUUCCAGGUAAAAAAGGUCUCUACAUAAGAUUGGGUUGUCGUGGUGAUUGGCCAAACAUCAAACCCCCUGGUUGGGAUCCAUCAAGUGAAGGGUAA